GUGUUCAUGUGUUAGUACUGUCCGUAGUGUUAGUGUUAAGAUAUUGAAAGCAGAGCAGCAGGUGAGUCCCUCUGUUUCUCGAGAGCAUUUCAACCUUUUGGGAAGUUGGGUGGAUGUUGGUCCGGGGGGAGGGGGAGGGGGAGGAUGAGGGGGGGGGCGCGCAUCAAUCUAUUCCUAUUCUAUGUAUUGAAGUUGUUUACUGUAAGCUUUGACUUUUUGGGUGUUUAUUAAUAUAUAAAUAUAUAUAUAUUUUUUUAAAAUUUAUUUUAAAACAUUUUUUUUUAAACCAUAUGAAUAAAUUUCCUUAAGGAUAUGAAAUGCACGAGUCUCACGCAAUGUUUGUAAAUAAAAGAGUGUAUGUUAAUUAUGACUACGCAGUAAACAAAUUCUAAUAAUGAUAACAAAAAAUAUAAAUUAUAAUUAUGGUAGAACACUAUAAAUCCUAAUGAUGAUUACACAAUACACAAAUUAUAAUUAUGAUUAAGCAAUCUACAAGUUCUAAUUACGAUUACACAAUAUACAAAUUCUAAAUAUCAUUACAAAAUUUUAAAAAAUUCAUAUUAUUAUUACAAAAUAUACAAAUUCAAAUUUUGGUCACACAGUUUAAAAAUUAUAAUAACGAUUGCAAUAAAUACAAAUUCAAAAUAUGAAAAGAAAAUAUAAAAAUUCUAAUUUAUGAUUAAACACUGCUGGCAUCCGUCCGUCACCAAUGUGACGAUGGAGUGGGCUUCGUAGGACGAAAUCCACAUAGCCUGGGAUUAUUAUACUUGAAGGAUUAUAAGCUGGUUCCCAACAGCAAAUCGCCUCUCUCCACGCCGCUGGGUAACCCAAGGGAUGGCACCAGUGACGUCGCAGGAGUUGUCGGAAUGUUUCAUUGUAUCAAUGUUAUCCGCCUUUCGGGACUCCAUCUCCGGGUUUGAUUUCAGAGUUUCCUUCUCUUAGAUGAGUUGCCGUCCAAGGUUAACGAGUCCCAUCUACCCGGGGUGUUUUUGCUCUAGCUGGAAUUGAACUCCAGACCACCAACCUGAGAUUUGCUCAGUUUAGACCACUCGGCCACCCAGCACCCAUUAUUAUUACAAAAUAUAUAGUGAAUUAAACACUAUAAGAAUUAUAAUUAUGAUUACGAUAAAUACAAAUUACAAUUACGAUCACACAAUAUACCAACGCUAGAAAAGCAUUUAUAUAUACUAUUACCUUACUCUCGAGCCCCGAUGGAAUGCGGUUCAAACAGGAAAUGUUGUUUUAAUAAGCAGAAAUUCAUUGUCUAUUUUGUUGUGCAGUUGCUUGUCAUUUUAUUUUGUGCACACCUAGUGUGCACUCGGUCAACCAACAGCAAGCGCAGGCGUCAAUACACCUGAGAUUUUUAUCGGGAUGCAUGUCAAACUAUCCACAUUUGUUUCAGCCAAUCCUAAGGCAGGUACAAUUUGUCACAGCUGGUCAGCUCUUCUCCAGACGAGUGACCCGCGUAUUGAUUUCAGUUCCCAUAAUUGAUGAGGAUACAAUUUACGUUUUAAAAAUCCAGUUGCCUAAUUGACGCCACGCUUAAAUUGUCUUUAAUGUUGGUCAAAGGACUACUUUUGGGACUGUAACAAAAUUUUACCAUGGUGUUUCGCUCUAAAAUCCUUAUCGCUGCAUUAUUUAAAUGUAGACCAUGGUCCACAGCUCCAAUCAAAAAGAUCCUGGUCCAAAGCUCGAAUCAAAAAGACCCUGGUCCACAGCUCCAAUCAAAAGGACCCUGGUCCAAAGCUCCAAUCAAAAGGACCCUGAUCGACAGCUCCAAUCAAAAAGACCCUGGUCCAAAGCUCGAAUCAAAAAGACCCUGGUCCACAGCUCCAAUGAAAAAGAUACUGGUCAACAGCUCCAAUCAAAAAGACCCUGGUCCAAAGCUGCAAUCAAAAAGACCCUGGUCCACAGCUCCAAUCAAAAAGAUACUGGUCAACAGCUCCAAUCAAAAAGACCCUGGUCCACAGCUCCAAUCAAAAAGAUACUGGUCAACAGCUCCAAACAAAAAGACCCUGGUCCACAGCUCCAAACAAAAAGACACUGGUCAACAGCUGGUCCACAGCUCCAAUCAAAAAGAUACUGGUCAACAGCUCCAAUCAAAAAGACCCUGGUCCACAGCUCCAAUCAAAAAGAUACUGGUCAACAGCUCCAAUCAAAAAGACCCUGGUCCACAGCUCCAAUCAAAAAGAUACUGGUCAACAGCUCCAAUCAAAAAGACCCUGGUCCACAGCUCCAAACAAAAAGACACUGGCCCACAGCUCCAAACAAAAUGACCCUGGCCCACAAAUCCAAACAAAACGACCCUGGUCAACAGCUCCAAACAAAACGACCCUGGCCCACAGCUCCAAACAAAAUGACCCUGGCCCACAGCUUCAAACAAAAUGACCCUGGCCCACAGCUCCAAACAAAACGACCCUGGCCAACAGCUCCAAAACAAAACGACCCUGGUCAACAGCUUCAAAACAAAAAGACCCUGGUCAACAGCUUCAAAACAAAAAGACCCUGGUCUAGAGCUCCGCUACAAAAAGACCCUGGUCUAGAGCUCCGCUACAAAAAGACCCUGGUCUAGAGCUCCGCUACAAAAAGACCCUGGUCUAGAGCUCCGCUACAAAAAGACCCUGGUCUAGAGCUCCGCUACAAAGCCCUGGUUCCAAAACGUAUCCUCGACAUCCAUUUAAAAGGCCAAUGAACCAGUGAUGACGUCAUGCGAUACCACGUUAUCUUCCACCAAUACGAGAUGCAGUCGCGGUGCAUGACGGGACGACUAAAUAACUUGUUACUCGCCACGAGAUAAGCUGCCAUUGAUAACAUCAUACAAAGAUUGAACAACACAAUGAUAUCAGCAUUCCUUUUCCCCUACUCGCCUCCUCCCACCACCCCCCUCCCCCCAAAAAAAAAUGUUUUAAAAAAUUGUGUCACAAAAACAAUACAUUUUCAGAUUUCCCCAAUAUCAACGUCUAACAUCACCGGGUGAUCCCUCCUCUUUUAUCACAGCGCAAUCCCUUAACUGACACCACCAGGAAAUCCCUCACAUAUCAUUACCGGGCAAUAGUUCUUUCGCACCAGGCAAUUCUUCACCAAAAAUUACCAGGCAAUCCCUCACCUAACAUUGCCAGGCAAUCCCUCACCUAACAUUGCCAGGCAAUCCCUCACCUAACAUUGCCAGGCAAUCCCUUCUGAGGCACAUGUAAGAGGCGGGGGUAGGGGGGAUUUCUCUCCUCCAUUUCAACACGCCAACAAAGUUAUUUUUAUCCUUGCUAUUUCUACAGUUUUACCACGCCUCCAUGACGUAAUGACGUCGAGCUUAUUAUGACAAGAAGUAUGUCCAGAGGAGUCUUCCAAAUAAUGUAGGGCAUUUUUUUUCUAAUUAAACCCUUGUGAAAGGUCUUGACAUGGGCUUGGUUAGGCUUUUUUCUAAUUAAACAUCCAAAUAACUGAUGUGUCGGGGGGGGGGGAAUUUGUCGGGAGAUUUCUGAGGAUAGAUGUGUCGGGAUAACUGUUUCGGGAUAAAUUCGUCAGCAUAAAUGUCAGGAGAGAUAUGUCCUGGUAGAUGUGUCCUGAAAGGUGCAUUUAUUUCACAGGGAAUGUCUUCUUGCUGUUGGGAGUGUUACCAUGGCGAUAGCAGCCCUGAUUCUGGUUAGCUUUCAGAAGAAGACGUUGGUAGCAAAAGUAAGUAUACUUUGGUAGCAAACGUAAGAAGAUAUUGGUAAGAAACGUCAGUAGACUUUGGUAGUCAUCGUAAUUAGACUUUGGUAGGCAACGUAUUUAGACUUUGGUAGGCAACGUACGUAGACUUUGGUAGCAAAGGUCAGUAGACUUUGGUAUAGUAGACUUCGGUGGCAAACGUCACUAGACUUUGGUAGCAAACGUCAGUAGACUUUGGUAUAGUAGACUUUGGUAGAAAACGUCAGUAGACUUUGGUAGCAAACGUUAGUAGACUUUGGUAGAAAACGUCAGUAGACUUUGGUAGCAAACGUCAGUAGACUUUUGUAGCAAACGUCAGUAGACCUUGGUAGCAAACGUCAGUAGAUUUUGGUAGCAAACGUCAGUAGACUUUGGUAGCAAACGUAAUUAGAUUUUGGUAGCAAACGUAAGUAGACUUUGGUAGCAAACGUCAGAAGACUUUGGUAGCAGACGUCAGUAGACUUUGGUAGGAGACGUAAGUAGACUUUGGUAGGAAAGGUAACAUUACUGUUUAUCAUGAUACAGGGAUUAAUAGCGGGCACGGUGGUCAGGGAUGUUCGUUUGGAAACUGGAAAUGUUUCAUUAGCAAGGCUCUACAAUGAUCCUUAACACUCUCUCUUUUACCCGUCCCCAGUACUUAGGUUAGAUUAUAUGUAAGUAGAUUAUUAAAGAUCAGCCUGCCAAUAGCAUUAGGUUACGCCUAAUAUGAUUAAAUUCUAGGUUGGGCAUGGGUUAACUUUUACACAGACGUGGAUACAAUGUCAAAUAGAUCGGGAUACACUGUUAUAUAGAUCUGGAUACUCUGUUAUAUAGAUCUGGUUACACUGUUAUAUAGAUCUGGUUACACUGUUAUAUAGAUCUGGUUACACUGUUAUAUAGAUCUGGAUACACUGUUAUAUAGAUAUGGUUACACUGUUAUAUAGAUCUGGUUACACUGUUAUAUAGAUCUGGUUACACUGUUAUAUAGAUCUGGUUACACUGUUAUAUAGAUCUGGAUACACUUAUAUUUUGAUCUGGUUACAAUGUUAGAUCUGGAUAUCUUGUUAGAUAGAUCUGGAUAAACUUUUAGAAAAACCUGGAAAUACUAUUAACAUUCAAUAUAUCCGAAUGCAAUGUUAGACAGAGUUGACUGUAUUGUUAGAUAUAAUUAGAUACACAGUUAUAUAGACCUAAAUACACUGUUAGAUUGAUCUGGAUACACUGUUAGAUUGAUCUGGAUACACUGUUAGAUUGAUCUGGAUACACUGUUAGAUUGAUCUGGAUACACUGUUAGAUUGAUCUGGAUACACUGUUAGAUUGAUCUGGAUACACUGUUAGAUUGAUCUGGAUACACUGUUAGAUUGAUCUGGAUACACUGUUAGAUUGAUCUGGAUACACUGUUAGAUUGAUCUGGAUACACUGUUAGAUUGAUCUGGAUACGCUGUUAUGUAGAUCUGGUUAUACUGUUAAAUCUGGAUACAUUGCUAGAUAGAUCUGGAUACAAUACUAGAUAAAAUUGGAUACACCGAUAUAUAUGCCUGAAUACACCCUUAUAUAGAUCUAGAUACACUGUUAUAUAGAUCUGGAUACACUGUUAUAUAGACCUGGAUAUACAGUUAUGUAGAUCUGGAUACAUAGCUAGAUAGAACUGGAUACAUUGUUACAUAGAUCUGGAUGCACUGUUAUAUAGAUCUGGAUACACAGUAAGAUAAAUCUGGAUACACUUAUAUUUUGAUCUGGUUGCCACUCUCAGAUCUGGAUACACUGUUAUACAUACCUGGAUACACUUUUAGGUAGAUAAUUAACUUGAAGCAGUGUUUGACAGCACAGGGCACAGUGUAGCAGAGACUUAAAAAUAUUGGCAUAGCAUUGUCACGUAUGUUCUAAAAAGUUUUUGUUUUAGAAGUUUCCCUCAGUCUGUCUCCAAGUAACAACACUGACAGCGCAAGAAUUCUGUGGUGUAUUUUCAGGAGUCUGAAUUUUGUCUACCUGUGCAGGAAUGGGGCUGUCUUAAUGGUGCGCUCGUGAAGAACUUGACCAGGGGAAAUGCCAAGAUGGGCCAUGACUUAAGGUGUUUCAGAUACAAGGAUCCAGGCCAGAUGCUGGUCGCCUUGACAAUGGUUUGUUGCGACCUUAAGAUUAGAAGAUUUUGGUUCAUGGGGGCAAUAUAAUUAUACAGAUAUACAGUGUCCUACAUAUACAGCGUCCUACAUAUACAGUGUCCUACAUAUACAGUGUCCUACAUGUAACUUGUCUUACAUAUACAGUGUCCUACAUAGACAGUGUCUACAUAUACAGAGUCCUACAUAUACAGUGUCAUACGUAUACAGUGUCCUACAUAUACAGUGUCCUACAUAUACAGUGUCCUACAUAUACAGUUUCCUACAGUGUCCUACAUAGACAGUGUCCUACAUAUACAGUGUCCUACAUAUACAGUUUCCUUCGGUGUCCUACACAUACAGUGUCCUAUAUAAAAAGAGUUUUCUUAUACAGUCUUAUAUAAAUGUCUGCUUUAUGUUUUGUUUCAUACAUUUCCAUAUUCCCCGAAGGACCGUGGUCUGAGUAUACACAGACCCACUACCCACAAUUUAGCCCCUGUUCCACGCUUCACGGGGAGAAACAUCAGUACAAAGGCUAUUAAUAUUAUUAUUAAUAUGCCUUUCUUGAAACAGCUUUUAAGUUAGUGAUCUUAUCGUGAUUUGAAUAAUCAGGUCUGUGGGCGCUGGGGGACACUUUGUGACGCUGGGAAAGGGGGGGGGGCGCUGGAUGUAGUUGGGUGCUCAGAUUUUCAUGCCAGUAGGUCUGUCUUUUAUUUAAUGUUUGGGUUAUACUUAUUAUAUUACUGAAGGUCCAUUACUGAGAGGCAUGAUUAUCGUCACAGCUUUGGGCACCUGAAAACUUUGGCUGAUAAGUCGUAUAAGUAGUUCCCAAACAUAUCUGGGGCUGCGUGCACUAUCCUGCCCCUGUGACUCUUAGAAGUAGAUCCCAAACAUAUCUGGAGCUGCGUGCACUAUCCUGCCCCUGUGACUCUUAGAAGUAGAUCCCAAACAUAUCUGGGGCUGCGGGCACUAUCCUGCCCCUGUAAUUCUUAGAAGUAGAUCCCAAACAUAUCUGGGGCUGCGGGCACUAUCCUGCCCCUGUGAAUUUUAGAAGUAGAUCCCAAACAUAUCUGGGGCUGCGGGCACUAUCCUGCCCCUGUGAUUCUUAGAAGUAGAUCCCAAACAUAUCUGGAGCUGCGUGCACUAUCCUGCCCCAGUGACUCUUAGAAGUAGAUAAAAAACAUAUCUGGAGCUGCGUGCACUAUUCUGCCCCUGUGACUCUUAGAAGUAGAUCCCAAAAAUAUCUGGAGCUGCGGGCACUAUCCUGCCCCAGUGACUCUUAGAAGUAGAUCCCAAACAUAUCUGGGGCUGCGGGCCCUAUCUUGCCCCUGUGACUCUUAGAAGUAGAUACCAAACAUAUCUGGGGUUGCGUGCACUAUUAUGCCCCUGUGACUCUUAGAAGUAGAUCCCAAACAUAUCGGAGCUGCGUGCACUAUUCUGCCCCUGUGACUCAUAGAAGUAGAUCCCAAACAUAUCUGGGGCUGCGGGCACUAUCCUGCCACUGCGUUUUUAUUUUAUUUUUUUUUAAAUUGAAAAUAAUUCAAUCGCUCCUCAAUCUUGAACAUGACGAAUAACCUUAACUGUCUCAGGUUUUGGACUGCCAGCUGACCAGUUGUUCACGGCACAACGGUAAGAUGUUCAACUAAAAUGUGAACUUUUUUAGAACUUUUCAAAUUGUGACCUGUAAAACUGAACUGCUCAAAUUGUGACCAAUAAAACUGAACUGUUCAAAUUGUGACCUAUAAAACUGAACUGUUAAAUUGUGAUCUAUAAAACUGAACUGUUUAUAUUGUGUCCAAUACAACAGAACUGUUCAAAUUGUGACCUAUAAAACUGAACUGUUCAAAUUGUGACCUAUAAAACUGAACUGUUCAAAUUGUGACCAAUACAACUGAACUGUUCAAAUUGUGACCUAUAAAACUGAACUGUUCGAAUUGUGACCAAUACAACUGAACUGUUCAAAUUGUGAUCAAUACAACUGAACUGUUCAAAUUGUGACCUAUAAAACUGAACUGUUCAAAUUGUGACCUACAAAACUGAACUGUUCAAAUUGUGACCAAUACAACUGAACUGUUCCCGGAGUCGACAUAGUUCUUUAGGGGAUCCAUCGCUCGUCCAUAUUUUACGUUACACAUUAUGCUCCAGAAAUAAUCCGAAAUAAUGUAUUUCUUUCCGCAUGCUGAACUACUGCAUUGAAAGUUCUCCUGACGACAACAGACGACAUCGACCUCUCGUCUGCCCGGUUUAGGAUGGUGCCGUCACCAAACAUGACCGGAAAUACCAGCAGUGGGUGGUCAUUCUCGUUGUUUUCUUAAUUUGGAGACCUCUGUUGCGGUUAGAUAGAACUGAUAUAAGAAUAAGGUCUCAUUUAUUUUAACAAUCUUUAUGUGGCUUUAUGAACAAGGGAAGCUUUAGUGAUAUUCAUACAGCUUUUAAAUGAAUGACAUAGAUUUAUAUUAUUCAGUUAUAUCAUUCAGUCAUGCUGUUCAGACAUAGCCUUGUCAUGUCAUGCGGCCAUAUCAUUUAAAAAUAUCAUUCAGUCAUAUCAACCAGCCCUAUCAUUGUCACAUCAUUCAGCCAUAUCAUUCGGACAUAUCAUUCAGCAAUAUCAUUCAGCCAUACCAUUCAGCCAAAUCAUUCAGCAAUAUCAUUCAGCCAUAAUAUUUAGUCAAAUCAUUUAGUCAUAUUCUGUCAUACCAAGCAGUCAUGUCAUUCAUUCAUAUCAUUCAGCCAUACUAUUUAGUCAUAGUCUGACAUACCAAUCAGUCUUAUCAUUCAGUCACACUCGGUCAUACCAAUAAGUCAUUUCCUUCAGUCAGCAUGACCUUCAGUGAGCCAGGUCUGCCUACGGCGACUGAGCAUCGUAGAAACGUUGCGCUACACCAGAGGGACUCGAUCGUGAUAUUAGCGCCUGGCAUGUACUACGUCUACGCCACUAUCUACUUCUACCAGGACCCAGACAAAGCCUGCCACUUCAGGACCAACUCGGUAAGACAUUUCACUGCAUCUCUUUAAGUGCAACUGUUCCACAGCAACCUUUGACCUGGGUCCUUAGACGUAAGGUGACCAUGUUUUUUUUGUUUUGUUUUUUCUUCAAAAUAAAAUAAGAUCAUUUUAAAAUUUAAGCAUUGUAAACUGGGAAAUCUUUUUGAGCCAAGGGUGCCCUGAACUAAAGAACUGUUUGUGAUACCAGGGAGAGCUCUUUUGUCGGUUAGGCUAAGGAGGGGCUAUUUUGUCCGUUAGGCUAAGGAGGGUCACAUUUUAAAUGUGAGAAUGGUGAAGACGCGCGGGCCGCAAUAACACUGAAUAUCGUCUCGCGGGCCUCGGCUGUCCCGCGGGCCGCGAGUGUGAGAUCCCCCUGGUUUAAACGCUAAUGAACACAUUUAUCCUUAACAAAAAAAAAACUGAUACCUUUAAUAUUAUGAAAUAAAUCCAGUAUCCAAGUGUUACUUUAAAAGUUAGCCAAUUUGGCAUAUUAUUAUGGACACCAUGUUUGUGUUCCUUACCCGAUGACUUGUCCGCCUUGACGACACGCCUCUGGUCACUGCAGGUCUAUGCGAGGAUCGUGACAGUUCUCCUCACUGAGGUCAAGCAUCAGGUCGGCCGUAGAGAGAUACUGACCGUGUCGCAUUCUUGUGGUCAGCACUGUCAAUUUGAUGAGGAAACACAGCAGAAUGGUAGCUAUGAAUACCUGAAAUCAAGAUUAAAUCAUGUGUGUAUGGCAUAAUCGUUAACUCUAGUGUGGACCGUGUGAUCAAUGCUAUCGUGUAACAUGGCAUAAUCGUUAACUCUAGUGUGGACUUUUCAGAUAAUUUGCCACCAGCAGUAUUUCUUUAAUUCAAUCAAUCUGCAAUUACGAAACUGUCAAAUUGUAAAAGACUUUUUCUAACAUCACACUCCACCCCCCCCCCAGGCACCAGCAUCCUUCUGGCCAAAGGUGACGUCUUGCAGGUGACCGUGUUUCCAGGGGGCGUGGUGCAGACGGACAACUACCUGGGACUUGUGAUGCUUUGGCUUGUCCAGUGAAUCCAUCACAGCCCUCCUUACACACCCCCCCCCCAAUCCUCCAUUAAAAAACUUAAACAAAUUUGUUUUUCAGUUAGUUUACUGUUCAUAACCCCAGCACCCCCAGCCCCCCACACACACACACCCACACACACACACACCCCCCACACACACACCCACAUACACACACACACACACACCCACACACACACACCCCCACACAAACAUACACCCACCCCCACACACACACACCCACACACACCAACACCCACACACACACAUACACACACCCCACACACACACCCACCCCCACACACACACGCCCCCCACACACACACACACACCUCCCCACACACACACACACCCACACACACACCCACACACACCCACACACACCCACACACACACACACACACACCCACACACACUCACACCCACACACACCCACACACCCACACCCACACACACACACCCACACACACCCACACACACCCACACACACACACCACAAAUGUUAGUUUUUUUUGUCAAACUUAUGUGAGUGAACCUAAGCGAUUUUUUAAUGAAUUGCAUGAAUAGUUUUAAUAUUAUUUGCUUCAAUCAAUGUUGAUAGUUUUACUUAUUUUUUUUUCAAAAAAUGUGCUUCCUCUUUCGUUUUUCCAACGAAUCUUCAUUUAAUUUCAUUUUUUUAAACUUGAAACCUUUAAAAAAAAAAUAAUGUACAUCUCUUGGCAUUUGAAAUUGGAUUCUUAUGAUGGUUCAUGGUAUGUGCACAUUUAAACCAAGUGGCCUAGUUAGGUUGAUGGUUGAAAAUUAAGGCCCUAUCUGUUGAUUAGAAUGAUGAUGUCCACGCCACAAAUAGAUCAAGAUCAGUCUUGGUGGGAAGUUAUUUCUUGCUAGCAUUCUUUGUUUUCAGUUUAUUCUGCCACAUAGAUGAAAUUUUAUUACAUUUCUUUUUUUUAAUUUUAAAUUGUCAAAAACUCUCCAAGCGCUGCUUUAAACGAGCGAUGGCAGUAACGGAAGUGACGCAAUCAAAAGGAUUGCCUUAGGAGGGUUCCCAUGACUCUUGAACAUUAAUUAAAUCACUUAUCUUAGGAACUUUCAUGGCACCAUAGUCCUAGCAUAGUCAUAUCAUAGUCCUAUCCAUAGUCAUAUCAUAGGCCUAGCAUAGUCCUAGCAUGGUCCUAGCAUAGUCCUGUCAUAGGUUUGUAACCUGUUACAGAUGGCACUUUAACACACAAGAAAGCCUCACCAUUAAUUUUAAAUAUUAGCUAAGUAUUAAUCAUGCACAGUGGCGACGCUACACCAGGUCCCGCUGGGUCCCAGGACCUGGUAAAAAAACUUGGGACCUGGCAAAUGACCUCGUCAAUUUUUAUUAGUUACUAAUACUUUAUAUAUGCUCAUUAAGCGUAAACUACAUUAAAUGUAAGAGAACUUCCAUUUUAAAUGCCUUUGUAGGCCUAUGUUUAAAUUUUUAUCGACAACAAAAAACAAUAUAACGUCAUAAAAUGUAAUAUAUAUAAAAUUUAAGUUUUUAACUUGCAAGAUGCCAUCCAUAUAUUACGUACGCAAAAAUAUCGCGAAUUUCGACCCCCUCCCCCCCUGUUGAAUGGCGUACCUUUUCAGUAACCCCCCCCCCCAAUAGCGUACGUACUGACACUCAAGUUUUAUUUUCUAUAUAUAUUUGAUAUAUAUUUAUUUAUUUAUUUAUUUAUAUUGAUUUAUGUACCUAUUUUUAUAAAUUAUAUGUGUGCGUGUGUGUUUAUAGAAACUCUAUAACUUUUUACUAAUAUUUUGAAAUGCAAUUGGCCUGUCCUGUGUCAGUGUAUCUGGAGUCAAUCGGUCAAUAGUGUGGAGUGUCACGUGUGUGAAUUCUCUAGAUAAACGUGAUUGACCUUACAAAUAUGAUACAUUCAAAUAAAUUUAUUAUGACAAUUGACAAUGUAUGUAAACUUUGGGUUAAGUUAGUAGAUUAAUAAAUAUUACUUAAUAAAUAAAUUUUAUUUUUAAUACAUGACAUUAAUUUGGGACCCGCAAAAUUUUUUUAAGACCUGCAAGGGACCCGCCAUGUGAAAUUUGAUGGCGUCGCCACUGAUCAUGCAAUCAUAAAUCACGUAUCAAUAAACAAACUAAUGAAAAC